UGUGCUGUAUUCCCAGUGUGCUGUAUUCCCGUGUGCUGUAUUCCCGUGUGCUGUAUUUCCAGUGUGCUGUAUUGCAGUGUGCUGUAUUGCAGUGUGCUGUAUUCCCGUGUGCUGGAAAAUGGCCGGGUGUUUGGUCAGUGAUUAACACAGCUAGUUUGCAGGCAGAAUGAUUAACAUGGCGUGUGUGUGAUCUGUAACUGCCUGGUUUAUCAUACACACAUUUCUCAAUCCGCAUAUUUCAGAGCUGUCUUUGUGCAACACGCUUCAAUUCAUUUUCAACACAAAAGCCUGAAAACUGAGGAAGAAUAAUAAUGUUAGGGACUACACUCUUACAGAAAUCGUUGUUCAGAGAGUUUUACUGGUUAAAGAGGUUCUCCGUGGAGUUCAAGGGUUCUAGAAGUUCCUUGUUCCUUAGAGUGUCCAGAUGAAAAGUUAAUAUUUAUACUGCUGUUUCCGUCUUAAAGUGUUAAUAGCGUGUUAGUUUAUUCCUCACUGUUGCAGCUUGUUAACACAUUAACACACGUAGUGCUGAGGUUUACACCUGAAAGUGAUUUGGUACAAAACAUUAGAGCCUCAGUCUCGGUUCUGUUAUUGUGAAAACUGUGUAUACUCUGGUUAUAAAAAUGGGUCUGAAUCUGUGUGUGACUGACGUACAGCUUCUCUCCAUCGCCUCAUUGUGCUAUUUUUGCUUUUAAACACUGAAAGCCAAAACAUGCUGCAUCACGGUGACUGAUAACAUGCUGACAUUUACAUUUAACUGGCAGAUCACUUUGUCUCUUUAAUAUGAAUAUAUGAGGAAAAAUCAUCCUCAAAACACACUCAUGCGCGCACACACACACACACACACACACACACACACACAAACAGUGUCUUUGUGUGUCUUUUGUGUGUGUGUCUCUGCUGGAGCUUUGAUGUUGAAGUUAAACUACACAGUGUUUAAACAAACUCAUUUGCUGUACACUGAACAAACCUGCUCUCCUAUUCAAAACACACACACACACACACACACUGUAAUCAUACUGUAAUGUGAACCAUGUGUGACUGAGACAUUCUGUCCUGUUUCACUUUAGUGUGUGUUAUUAAUUACAUUAUGUUUAUUAUAGUGCGGCCAGUAACACACACACACACACACUUACUGUAACAUGGCGCUGUGAAUCUGUGCAGUGUGAGUGAGCUGAUAUUUAACCAAAAGUCAGUAAUAUACUACAGAACAGACUUUAAACAUUCAUAAACCUCAUGAUGUCGCUGUGUGGAAGACGAGAUGUUUUUCUCUGCUCAGAGUGUUUAUACCAGGGUUUAUAACAGUGUUUAUAGCAGUGUGUUGUCUGUCCACUGAAGAUCCUGAUCUCUUCUAAAUCAUUCAGGAGAAACUUAACCUUCUCCAGGAUCUUGGUUCUUGGUCUUUCUUGAACCUCUCUGAUGUUAGUGGUGUUGUUCUCUCAGCCGCUUCCGUCACUUCAGUGGACUCAGAGCUCCAGAUGUGUACAGAUGUAAGGAGCGGUGAGGGAGGAGAGACUUAGAGAAAUGAUGAGGAGGAGGUGAAGGUGGGCUGGAUUCUCCUCCGAGGAUGAACAGGAAAUUUCACUAGUGAGGGACGUUUGAAUGUCGGCGUGUGGGAGUGAGGAAGUGAAUCAUCCAGCUUCUUUUUUAAAACCUCUCCUCUUCUGUCUCAUCCUGAUUCAUCUCCAUCCUCAUCUCCUCUGAGAAAAGCUCCAGAAAAACAGAGUGAUAUCACACAGAAAGGUUAUGAGAAGAAGAGAGCCAAACUGAUCGGUGCUUAUCUUCCACAGCCUCCAGGGCUGGACGUGUCAAUGGCACACGAGCGCAGACCCCCCAUGGUUCCUUCUUCUGCCUCCCGUUACCACCGCAGACGUUCCUCAGGAACCCGGGACGAACGUUACAGAUCAGACGUUCACACUGAAGCAGUUCAGGCUGCUCUCGCUAAACACAAAGAGAGGAAGGUGGCUGUGCCGAUGCCAUCCAAACGCCGCUCGCUGGUGGUACAGACUUCCAUGGAUGCCUACACACCUCCAGGCCUCUCCCCGCUCUCGUCUCUGCCCCCGCUGACAGACACGUCGUCUGGCUCGGAGGAGGAGGGGCUUCAUGGCGAGGGCACGCCCACCUCCAGCCAGGGUAGCGCCAGCAUGGAGCACUGGAUCAGCCGUGCCAUCCACCACGGCUCCACCACCUCAUCCUCAUCCUCGUCCACGCAGAGUGGAGGGAGCGGCGCCGCCAGCCGUCUUGCAGAUGUCCUCGCCCAGACGCAUGUGGGCAAACCAGGGCCGAUCGCUCACCUCUCUCUGAAAAGGAAAACAAUGCUCGGUGUAGCUGAGAAUGGAAACUCGCUGCGUCGCUCCUGUGAGUUCGGGUCUGAUCUCCUCUGGCCGCCACCCCUCGAGUCGGAUGAGAACCACUCGGCCCCUCCAGAUGUCACCACCUACACCUCAGAGCUCCCAGCACAGGUGGAAAGACCGCAGGUGUCCACUGUUCCCCGCACCACCCAGAAGUAUGGCAAUGCUGAGCUCAUGGAGACUGGUGAUGGGGUCCCAGUCAGCAGUCGAGUCUCUGCCAAGAUCCAGCAGCUGGUAAACACUCUGAAGCAGCCGAGACGGCCUCCACUGCGCGAGUUUUUUGUUGAUGAUUUUGAGGAGCUUCUUGAGGUCCAGCAGCCCGACCCAAACCAGCCCCGGCCUGAGGGCGCGCAGAUGAUGACCAUGAGAGGAGAGCAGCUUGGAGUGGUGACCAACUGGCCUCCAUCACUAGAGGCGGCACUGCAGCGAUGGGGAACCAUCUCCCCUAAAGCCCCCUGUCUCACCACUAUGGACACUAACGGCAAGCCCCUCUAUGUCCUCACGUACGGGAAAUUGUGGUCACGCAGCAUCAAAGUUGCCUACAACAUCCUGCACAAACUGGGGACCAAACAGGAGCCCAUGGUGCGGCCGGGAGACCGGGUGGCUCUGGUGUUCCCUAAUAACGACCCCGCUGCGUUCAUGGUGGCAUUUUAUGGCUGUUUGUUGGCUGAGGUUGUCCCAGUGCCAAUAGAGGUGCCUCUGACCCGUAAGGACGCAGGCAGUCAGCAAAUCGGCUUCCUCCUCGGGAGCUGUGGCGUUACUGUGGCUCUGACCAGCGACGCCUGUCAUAAGGGGCUCCCUAAAGGCCCCACUGGAGAAAUCCCACAGUUCAAAGGUUGGCCGAAGCUGCUGUGGUUCGUCACAGAAUCUAAACACCUCUCUAAGCCUCCGCGUGAUUGGUUCCCACAUAUUAAAGAUGCAAACAAUGACACAGCCUACAUCGAGUAUAAGACCUGUAAGGACGGCAGUGUAUUGGGUGUUACGGUGAUGAGGAUCGCUCUGCUCACACACUGCCAGGCUCUCACACAGUCCUGCGGAUACACAGAGGCGGAGACCAUAGUGAAUGUGUUAGACUUUAAGAAGGACGUGGGUCUGUGGCAUGGAAUUCUGACGAGUGUGAUGAACAUGAUGCAUGUGAUCAGUAUCCCGUACUCUUUGAUGAAGGUCAAUCCGUUGUCCUGGAUCCAGAAAGUGUGUCAGUAUAAAGCUAAAGUGGCGUGUGUGAAGAGCAGGGACAUGCACUGGGCUCUGGUGGCUCACAGAGAUCAGAGAGACAUCAACCUGAGUUCACUGCGCAUGCUGGUGGUGGCUGAUGGAUCAAACCCCUGGUCGAUCUCAUCAUGUGAUGCAUUCCUAAACGUAUUCCAGAGUAAGGGUCUGAGGCCAGAGGUCAUCUGUCCAUGUGCUAGCUCACCUGAGGCUCUUACUGUCGCAAUCAGGAGACCCACAGAUGACAGCAGUCAGCCACCUGGUCGAGGGGUUUUGUCCAUGCAAGGUCUGAGCCAUGGAGUCAUAAGAGUGGACACGGAAGAACGUCUCGCUGUUCUCACAGUACAGGAUGUGGGCACGGUCAUGCCUGGAGCAUUGAUGUGUGUGGUGAAACCAGAAGGAGUUCCGCAGUUGUGCCGAACAGAUGAGAUUGGAGAGCUGUGUGUUUGCUCCAUCGCCACGGGAACGUCGUACUACGGCCUUUCGGGGAUGACCAAGAACACCUUUGAGGUUUUUCCUAUGAGCAGCUCCGGAGCUCUGAUCAGCGAGUACCCAUUCACACGGACCGGCCUGCUGGGCUUCGUGGGUCCCGGGGGUCUAGUGUUCAUCGCUGGCAAGAUGGAUGGUCUGAUGGUGGUCAGUGGGCGGAGGCAUAACGCUGAUGACAUCGUGGCCACGGCACUCGCUGUAGAACCCAUGAAGUUUGUGUACAGAGGCAGGAUAGCUGUGUUCUCGGUGACAGUUCUACAUGACGAGCGUAUCGUGGUGGUGGCGGAACAGAGACCCGACUCCACAGAGGAGGACAGUUUCCAGUGGAUGAGUCGAGUGCUGCAGGCCAUAGACAGUAUCCACAACGUAGGUGUGUUCUGUUUGGCUUUGGUUCCUGCGAACACUUUACCCAAGACGCCGCUGGGAGGAAUCCACCUGUCUGAGACCAAGCAGCUGUUUCUGGAAGGUUCUCUGCAUCCCUGUAAUGUUCUCAUGUGUCCUCACACCUGCGUCACCAACCUGCCCAAACCCCGACAGAAACAACCAGAGAUUGGUCCUGCAUCAGUGAUGGUGGGGAAUCUGGUGUCAGGGAAGAGAAUCGCACAGGCGAGUGGGAGAGACCUGGGACAGAUCGAAGACAAUGAUCAGGCAAGAAAGUUCCUGUUCUUAUCUGAAGUGUUGCAGUGGCGAGCGCAGACCACCCCGGACCACGUGCUCUUUACCCUGCUCAGCUCUCGGGGGGCAGUCCUGAGCUCACUAACCUGUGUGCAGCUUCAUAAGCGUGCGGAGAAGAUUGCAGCAAUGCUGAUGGAGCGAGGACACCUGCAGGACGGAGCUCACGUGGCUCUGGUUUAUCCGCCCGGUAUCGACCUGAUUGCAGCGUUUUACGGGUGUCUGUACGCCGGCUGUGUGCCCAUCACCGUACGCCCGCCGCACCCUCAGAACAUCGCCACCACUCUGCCCACCGUGAAGAUGAUUGUGGAGGUGAGCCGCUCGGCCUGUGUGAUGACUACACAGGCGAUAAGUAAACUGCUGAAGUCCAAGGAAGCGUCUGCUGCAGUGGAUGUCAGGGCGUGGCCUCCGGUCCUGGACACAGAUGAUCUGCCAAAGAAAAAGCCCCCUCAGCUGUACAAGCCCUCGAACCCGGACACACUGGCCUACCUGGACUUCAGUGUGUCCACCACAGGGAUGCUCGCAGGAGUAAAGAUGUCUCACUCUGCCACCAGUGCCUUCUGCCGCUCAAUCAAGCUCCAGUGUGAGCUUUACCCCUCUCGUGAAGUGGCCAUCUGCCUCGACCCCUACUGCGGCCUGGGCUUCGUCCUCUGGUGCCUCUGCAGUGUGUACUCAGGGCAUCAGUCCAUCCUGAUCCCACCAUCAGAGUUGGAAGUGAAUCCUGCGCUCUGGCUGCUGGCUGUCAGUCAGUUCCGCGUCAGAGACACGUUCUGCUCGUACUCUGUCAUGGAGCUGUGCACUAAAGGCCUGGGCCUGCAGACUGAGUCGCUCAAGUCCCGUGGAUUGGACCUGUCCCGUGUGAGGACGUGUGUGGUGGUUGCGGAGGAAAGACCCCGCAUCGCUCUCACGCAGUCUUUCUCCAAGCUGUUUAAAGAUCUUGGCCUUCACCCGCGUGCCGUCAGCACCUCCUUCGGCUGCAGAGUGAAUCUCGCAAUCUGCCUGCAGCCCCACAGACUUGUGAAGAUUGAUCAGGGCACUUCUGGACCAGAUCCAACAACUGUGUAUGUGGACAUGAGAGCGCUCAGACACGACAGAGUGCGUCUGGUUGAGCGUGGUUCUCCACACAGUCUGCCGCUCAUGGAGUCUGGAAAGAUUUUACCUGGAGUACGCAUCAUAAUUGCUAAUCCCGAAACCAAGGGUCCUUUAGGAGAUUCCCAUCUCGGAGAGAUUUGGGUGCACAGCAGUCACAACGGGAGCGGUUACUUCACAGUGUAUGGAGACGAGACGCUGCAGUCUGACCACUUCAACUCGCGCCUGAGCUUCGGAGACACGCAAACCGUGUGGGCGAGAACCGGAUACCUGGGGUUCCUGAGACGCACUGAGCUCACUGACGCCAGUGGAGAGAGACACGAUGCCCUGUAUGUGGUCGGAGCUCUGGAUGAGGCAAUGGAGCUCAGAGGGAUGAGGUAUCACCCCAUUGACAUCGAGACCUCAGUCAUCCGCGCACACAAAAGCAUAAUGGAGUGUGCUGUGUUCCCAUGGACUAACCUGUUGGUAGUGGUGGUGGAGUUGGAGGGCUCGGAGCAGGAGGCGUUGGAUUUGGUGCCAUUGGUGACGAACGCUGUGUUGGAGGAACAUUACCUGAUUGUGGGCGUGGUCGUGGUGGUGGACAUCGGUGUCAUUCCCAUCAACUCUCGCGGAGAGAAACAGCGGAUGCACCUGCGCGACGGCUUUCUGGCUGAUCAGCUCGACCCCAUUUAUGUGGCUUACAACAUGUAGCUGCGUUUGUGUGUGCAUAGCAGUGUCUGCUAAUGAGUGGGCGGAGCCUCAGCACCAACAAUGACAUCAUACUAACAAUGAAGAUCAAUGAGAGACACAGGAUCACUGACAGAGACGGAGAACAGCUGGAGGAAAGACGGAGGACAGACACAGGAUGGACGCAGGACAGGAGGAAAGUUUGCGGGUUGUGUUUCUCUGCAGCUUUUGCUUGCCUGGAAAUUCGCUUUUCACUAAAGUGUCGCACUUCAUUUUCUUCACAUGAGGCCAAACUGAGUAAAGAGACAUUUUUACA